UGUGGUGUAGUCACUUCCUACUGAUUUGGUCCGGAGCAGGCAGACUCUGCUGUAUCAUGUCGUCUUAGUGAGGCUCCGCAGACAGCACCCGCCGCGGCAAACAUGUUGUUUCGGUAUAAAUCCAUCCGCUGUGCACCUCUGAAGCUGGUCCUUUGGUUCGUGGCGUGUCUGGGAUGUUUGCUGGUCCGGUCCGGAGCGGAGGAGGACACCAGCAGCCCGUGGUACCAGGACCUUUGCAGUUAUAAAUGGGAAGCUAUAGACCGGGAUAACAAAGUGAGUUACACGUUUAAGCUCUGUGAGUCUUCACCAUCAACCGGCUGUGGCCCAAGCAACGCCGUCUGCGCCCGCGACCUCACCGCCAACACUCAGCAGUCUGUCGGUGAGCUGUCCCUGCAGAAGCUCGCUGGCAUGGUGCUGGAUUACAACAGCACAGAAAAAUGUCCAGGAAGCAACAACAAUAUACAGACCAGCAUCAGUUUCCAGUGUGGGAAGACCAUGGGGACCCCGGAGUUCGUUGCCGUGUCUCAGUGUGUGCAUUACUUCGAGUGGAGGACCUACGCCGCUUGCAAGAAGGAUAAAUUCAAGCCACACGCAGAGGUGCCCUGCUACGUGUUUGACUCGGACGGUAAGAAGCACGACCUCAACCCUCUGAUCAAAGUGAACGACGGCUAUCUGGUGGACGACGGCGACGACAGCAUCGACCUCUACAUCAACAUCUGCCGCAGUCUCAACCAUCCAUACAAAUCCUGUCCAGAGGGCUCUGCAGCUUGUCUGGUCACCAGUCAUGGCUCCUACAACAUGGGCUCUCCUACCAAACCGCUAGAGCUGGUGGACAGCGACAGUCUGAGGUUACAUUAUGAACUGAGUGCCGGUUCGGCUCCUCCAGACAUCUGCAUGGGACACAAUCCUGCUGUCACCAUCACUUUCACCUGUCCAUCAAGCAGAGUUUCGGGCAGCACUCCUAAGAUGACAGCAGAGCUGAACUGUCGUUAUGAGGUGGUGUGGGUGACUGAAUAUGCCUGUCACAGAGACUAUCUAGAGAGCCAUACCUGCAAACUGACCAGUGAACAGCAUGACAUCUCCAUAGACCUAACGCCUCUCACCUUGAGCUCUUCAGACCAUCCAUACUAUGCACACUCUGGGUCCAGCGACGGGCCUGAAAGCUACGUCUACUACCUGAACGUGUGUGGACAGAUCCUCAACAAUGAAUGUGGCAACUUCCCGUUUAUAUCGUCCUGCCAGGUGAAGAAGAACGGCGACGUGAAGAAAGUGGCCGGAAGAUAUCAGAACCAGACAUUACGUUAUUCAGACGGAGAUUUGACUCUGAUCUACCCAGAUGGCGACAAAUGCUCCACUGGCUUCCAGAGAAUGACCAUCAUCAACUUUGAGUGCAACACGAACGCAUCCAAUGGUGGCCGAGGGAAUCCAGUCUUUGCAGGGGAGACAGACUGCACUUAUUACUUUGAUUGGGAGACGGCCUUUGCCUGUGUCAAGGAGAAGGAGGAUCUGCUGUGUCGGGUCAGAGAUGGCAACAAACACUACGACCUCUCACCCCUCACUAGAUACCCUGGGUCGGAUGCCACCGGGAACUGGGAGGUGGUGGAUGCUAACUCUCCAAUGCCGGACACACGUUUCUACCUGAAUGUCUGUCACAAAGUCAUGCAGACAGGAGGUGCUGCUGGCUGCCCGGUGAAUGCCUCCAUCUGUGCCGUGGAUAAGGAUCAUGGGGCCAUCAGCCUGGGCAGCUUCCUCUCAUCUCCCCAGAAGACAAAGAUUGGAAAUGACAUCAGACUGGUGUAUACUGAUGGAAAUUUUUGCGUCCAUAAAAAGACGAGUAUCCAAACUAUCCUGACCCUCAAGUGCAAACCAGGAGAUCUCGAGAGCGCCCCUGUCCUUCGUAGCAUUUCGUCUGAUGGAUGUGUGUAUGAGCUGGAGUGGUACACUGCUAACGCCUGCGUCCUCUCGAAAACGCAGGGAGACGACUGCAAGGUUGAGGACCCUCAGGCUGGGUUCUCUUUCAACCUGUCAUCUCUCUCCAAAGUCGACGGCUUCUAUAACCUGACCAGUGGAAACUAUGACUACUAUGUCAAUGUUUGUGGUCCUGUCAAAGCUGCCAACUGCCCUGAAAAGGCCGGAGCUUGCCAGGUUGAAAAGAGUUCUUGGAGUCUUGGGGAAGCAAACUCUCGUCUGUCUUACUACGACGGCCUGAUCCAGCUGAUCUACGUUAAUGGCUCCCAGUACAACAACAAAGAACACACCCUCAGAUCCACUAUCAUCUCCUUCCUCUGUGACCCAGAAGCUGGAGCUGGAAAACCCGAAUUUCAGGUCGAAGACAAGUACACAUAUAACUUCCGCUGGUACACUUCCUACGCAUGUCCUGAAAGGCCCCACGAGUGUUUGGUGACAGAUCCCAGCACUCUCGAGCAGUACGACCUAUCCAGCCUGUCUCGCUCCACCACCAACGCAAACUGGCAGGCCAUGGAUUUGUCUGACACCAUGAACGUGAAGAAGUACUACAUCAACAUAUGCCGGCCCAUCAACGCUGUGCCAGGCUGCGACCGUCAUGCGUCCGUCUGCCAGAUGAAGUACAUAUCCAAGCAGGGCUCUUUGGAGGAGGUGGUAUCAGUCAGUAACAUGGGUAUUUCCAAGCGAGGGCCGAUCAUCGAGGGAAGGGACCGGCUGCUGCUGGAGUUCACAGACGGCUCUGUCUGCAUGUCAGACGGCCAGAAGCUCACCUAUACAACACGCGUCCACCUGGUCUGCUCCAGAGGAGCUGUGUCUAUGGGCCCACGGUUCCUCAUGUACCAGAACUGUACUGCCAACUUCAUGUGGGAGACCAGGGCAGCCUGUGCCAUCAGAACAACCAAGAACAAUAGCUGUUCAGUUGUGGACCCCAACACUGGCUUUGAGUUCAACCUUCAGCUUCUGGCUUCAGAGACCGGUUACAAGACAAAUGCGAAUGGGAAGGACUUUCUGGUGAAUAUCUGCUCAGAUGUGGCAGAAUGCGGACACGGCAUGGCUGGCUGUGAACUGGAUGAUGGGCAUCCCUCCAGCCCAGUGGGGGUGGAGAAGACCCUCCAGUACUCCACCGACGGCCUGCUCAAACUAACGUAUAAGGGACCCCUGGACGAUCCCACAGCAACGCGGGACACCUUUACCAUUAAUUUCGUGUGUGAUCCAAACUCUCACCCUGGCUCACUAAAAGUGCUGCGUGAGGACCUGAGCUCUCUGCCUGACCAUGUGGUCCAUGACGUUCUCUUUGAGUUCUCCACUGCUCUGGCCUGCAUCCCAGCUCCAGUUGACUGCCAGUUCAUUGAUACCCAUGGUAAUAAGUAUGACCUGAGUCACCUCAUCCGGGAUAGAGAGGACAGCCCCUGGAUCGCCAUAGAUACAGAUGCGGUCAAAUCACGCAGCUUUUACAUUAACGUCUGUAAACCUCUCCCCCCCGUGAAAGACUGUCCAGUGGGUCCUUUGGGUGCUUGUGGUGUGAUUGAUGGGAAAAGUUACAACCUGGGGUACAUCCAGUCCAAGCCGCAGGUGGCGGAGGGCGGCUCCAUCAGCAUCAUGUAUCAGAACGGAGACAAGUGUGGUUCCACAUCCCGCUACUCAACACGCAUCAUCCUACAGUGUGACGACAAUCCGGGCUCCCCCAUGUUUGAUCGCAGAGAUGGUUGUGAAUAUGUCUUCGUCUGGAGGACAUCUGAGGCCUGCCCUAUCAGGACGUCUCAAGGGGAAAACUGUCGGGUUCGUGACCCCAAGAGUGGCUACGAGUUCAACCUGAGCUCUCUCAAGGGAAAAGAUUACCCCAUCACCAGUGGUAAAUACACCUACCACCUGUCGAUCUGCGAGGGGCUCCAGAAAGGUGUUUGCACCCACGCAGACACGAGCGUCGAUCCGGUCUCCUCCUGCCAGGUGGAUGGAAACAACCACAAGAUUGCGGGAAUGGCAAACCAGAUUCUGAGCUAUGUGGGAGACCAGCUCAUCCUGAACUACACCAACGGAGAGACCUGUCAUAAGAUAUACCAAAGAUCAACAGAGAUUUACUUCUCCUGCCACCCUGACAGGCAUCCUGGAGCACCAGAGUUUAUCAAGGAGACUCCAGACUGUACCUACCUGUUCAACUGGCCCACCGCUCUGGCCUGCGUCCCAGUCAAAACCACCAGCUGCUCCUACAAUGAUGGUCAGGGCCACUCCUACGACCUCUCUCCUCUGGCCCUGGAGUCCCGGAACUGGGAGGUGGAGCCCUCUACUGUGGACAUGGGGAGACGAUUCUACAUCAAUGUCUGCAGGUCGCUGGUGCAGCAGGGAGGUUCAUGGAAGUGUCCCUCCAGUGCAGCAUCCUGUGUAAAGGUCGGAGAUGAAUAUGUGAAUCUGGGGCAGUUGGAGUCUGGUCCCACAUGGGAUGGAAAUGUCCUGAAGCUGCAGUACACCAGCGGCCAGGCCUGCCCCGAUGGAGACCGCAGCAGGACCAGCAUCAUCCGCUUCAAGUGUGACAGAGACAAAGUGGACUCCCGGCCUACUCUGAUCUCUGUCCUUGAGGACUGUGUCUACACCUUCCUGUGGUUAACAGCUGCUGCCUGCCCGCUAAACAGCACUCAACACGAUGACUGCAGGGUCACCAACCCAGCUACAGGUCAUUUGAUCGAUCUUAACACCCUGACAAAGGAAGGUGGUUACACUGUCUACGACCCCCAGGAACACAGGAGGAUGUUCCGUAUGAACAUCUGUGGGAACAUGGUCAACACAGGGUGCAGCCCUGAAGCCGCUGUGUGUAUUAAGGACGUCAGCACAGCAGUGAGCGGUGGUCAGGUGAGCAAGAAACUCUCAUACAGGGAUCAUUUUGUGGAGCUGAUGUAUGAAGGAGGAGAUCCCUGCCUAGCAAACCCCGAACUCAAACACAGCACCGUCAUCUACUUUAUCUGCAGGCCACCUAACAUGGGCACGGCACCGCCAGAGCCAGUCCUCAUCGACUCAAAAGCUGAGACCUGCACACACUACUUCUCUUUCCACACACCCCUGGUCUGUGAACAGACUGUAAAAUGUUCGGUCCAGAAUGGCUCCGCUCUUAUAGACCUGACUCCUCUGAUUCAUGUCAGCGGUUACUACACAGCAACAGAUGAGGCAGUGGACCAAAGUGAUGGAUCUCCAGACUUCUACAUCAACAUCUGUCUGCCUCUCAACCCCAUCCCCGGGGUCCCCUGCCCCCCUGGAGCUGCCGUCUGUAUGGAUCCUGAUAAUGGACCGCCAGUGGAUAUUGGACGGACUACCAGCGGUCCUGAGAUCAACAGUGACACAGGGGAGGUGUCCAUCACCUAUCACAGCUCCACCAAGUGCGCGGCCGACCCUGCACAGAACUACACCUCAACCAUUAUCUUUACCUGCCAGAGAGGCCUGGAGCUGGGCUCUCCACAAAUGCUGAGGCUGCAGGGGUGUGUCUAUUUGUUUGAGUGGGCGACGCCUGUAGUCUGUUCAGAUGCCACCAACACCAGUGGCUGCCAGCUCACUGACUCCCAGCUCCAGUUUACCUUUGACCUUUCAAGCCUCUCUAAGGAAGUCCAGGUAAAAGGGCCCUCCAGCACCUACCACAUCAGCGUCUGCAGCUCAGUGUCAGAGCCGGCCUGUAAGAAGAGUGCAGUUUGCCAGGUGUCUGGUUCUGGUUCAGACAAGUCAUUUUCAUCAUUUGGCAUCAGAAAGGCCAUGACAAUGGGCUUCAGACAUGAAGAGCAGGCCGUACUGAUGCAGUAUGGUGGGGGAGAUCCCUGCCCACCAGUGACAAAUGCAGGUGAGGUAUGUGUUUUCCCCUUCAUUCUCAUGAAGAAGUCGUACACCGAGUGCACUAAAGAUGAAAGGACAGAUGGCAAGAAAUGGUGUGCCACCACCCCCAACUUUGACACGGACAGGAAGUGGGGCUUCUGCAGUGCAGCCUCUGGCAAACGUCAAUCCUCCAUACUGUUUACCUGCGACCAGUCUGCAGGCAAUGGUUCUCCGCAGCUGCUCUCAGAGACGGCAGGUUGUUCGGCCACUUUCCAGUGGAAGACCAGUGUUGUUUGUCCCCCGAGGAAGAUGGAGUGUAAGCUGGUCAGCCAGCAUCAGACCUUCGACCUUCGAACCCUGUCCUCCCUAACUGAGCCAUGGAAGUUUAGCCACAGAGGAGAUUCGUAUUUCAUCAACCUGUGUCAGGGCAUCCACGGGGGUUUGCCAGGAUGUCCAGAAGGAGCGACCGUGUGUCGACGCUUAGCAGCAGGACAGACUCAGACCCUGGGCCAGGUUUACACUCAGAAAAUGAACUACACUGAUGGAAAGAUCUACGUCAGUUAUUCAGCAGGAGAUGAUGUCUGUAGUAACGGCCUGAAGGUGAAGACUGUGAUCCAGCUGAGCUGCGGCUCCACCGUUGGACACCCAAAACUCAUCAGUUUUGUGGAGGCAUCGUGUGAGUUUGUGAUUGGCUGGGAGACGCGGUCAGCAUGUGCCGUGAAGCAGCGUGAGGUGGAGAUGGUGAACGGGACGAUAAAGCUUCCUGACACCGGAGCCAGACUCAGCCUGGGAGCACUCUACUUCAGCCACCAUCAGGCAUCUGGAGACAUCCGUCCCAACGGCGACCGCUACAUCUACCACAUCCAGUUGUCCGGCAUCACCAACAACUCCCUGCCCAGCUGUGUUGGUGCCAACAUCUGCCAGGUGAAGGUCAACGCACCCUACAGACGCAGGAUUGGCUCCUCCAGCAAAGCCAAGUAUUACAUUAAAGGAGGAAACCUGGAUGUGAUGGUGCCCUCUGAGUCAGAGUGCGGCCGGGAGAAAACCAAAAUGGUGUCAUCCACCAUCAUGUUCCACUGUAACCCCUCGGCGGGUGUUGGCAUCCCUGAGUUUAUGCUGGAGACGGAUGAGUGCCAGUAUUUGUUUGUGUGGCACACAGACGCUGUCUGUGGUCUGACAACUGUUGACGCGCAGUCAUACGACGACGACGGCGAGGCUCCGGCUCUUUCUGGGCGGAGCCAGGCGGUGGGGGUGGUGCUGAGCCUCCUGUUGGUGGGUGUGGCGGUCUGUCUGCUGGGGCUUUUGCUCCACAAGAGAGAGAGAAGGGAGCUGGUGAUCCAGAAGGUUGCUGGCUGCUGCAGGAGAGGAAACCAAGUCUCCUAUAAAUAUUCCAAGGUCAACAUGGACGACGAAGGGGGCGAGGAGGAGAUGGAGUGGCUGAUGGAGGAGCUCGAAGCCCCUCCCACGUCCACCGCCUCAUCGUCUCACCGUGGCAGGAGUAACCACGGCAACGGUCACAUCAAGACCAAGCCGGUGAAUACAGACGGUCUGCGCUCGUUCACGCUGGAUGAGCAGGAGGACGACAGCGAGGACGAGGUGCUGAGCGUCCCAGGGGUGCAAGUGGUCAAGUCGUCCGGACUGUCGAGGAACUCUGCGGCUCAUCGCAGUGCCUUCCUACAGGAGGAGAGCGACGAGGACCUGGUCGGCCUCCUGGACGAGUCAGACCGGAAGAGGAAGAGCCGCAAACCUCGCUCCUCAGACCUUAACCACGGUAACAACACGGCAGCCAAUAGGAAAGGGGACGAGGAUGACAGUGACGAGGACCUCCUCAGGGUGUGAUGUCACUCCCUCCCUUCCACUCCCCCUCCUCCAUCCUAUCUGAACUCUUCUCUCUCAGUGAAUGUCUCCAUAAUAGCAACAACAACAGUGAAAUACCAACAGCAUAUUGCAAGCAGAAAACUCUCCUUUCUUUAUGGGAAUUUUUUUUUUUUUUUUGGUCGGACUGCACCUUUACUCGGCCUAUCCAGACUCUAUCCAGUCCACUGUCUACAGACUGUCGAUGUUAGCACAUGGUAUCUUACUUAUUGAGAGCUGAUGAUUUGGAGCGUUCCUCAGGCCAUUUUGACCUGCACCCUUUUUUUUUUUUCCUCAUAUUUUCUUUUAUAAUUCCUGAUUGAAAUAAUUUGCUUCACUAUAGCUACGUCAGUCUUGCCACGUUUAUCUAAUAAAGACCCAACAGGCCAAUUGAGACUUUAGAAAUUAACCCCAGGUGCACAAAAAACAUCUUUCUCAAUGUAUUGACUCUUUAAUGAGGCGUGUCAGUGAAUAGAUGUAAGUGAAAAUGAAAUUAUAUUAAAUGUAUUUUUUCUUCUAGUGUUUUGAAAUGACACUGUGCCAUUGCUAUAGCACUUUAUUGUAGCAUCGAUUAUUGAAAAUGAUAGGUUUCAUUGCAGACUGGACAACAAUACCUUUAAAACUACUUUUGGGGUUGAUUUAUGGUUUGGUUUUUUUAUGUCUAUUGGCCCAUUAGGACUGUAUUAGAAAACUGUGGUCAAAUGUACAGUUAAAUAGCUCAAUAGUGAAACGAUAAAGCAGAUUUAUGGGGGAAAGACAAUAGCUGUCAAAGAAAAUAACAGGAAACAGUGAAGGUGUCGGCCUGUGUUGUUUCUAAAGGGAAUGAAGACACCCAUUUGUCUUUUCUUGCUGUUUACAGUUGCUAUAAUAGCAGAUCUUUUCUCUUUCUUUCCCCUCGAAAAGAAAGCACGAUGCCUUCCCGAUGAUGAAUCUACUUAGCAUUUUCAUCAAUGAAUCAUGUCCGGCGACAGAUUGAUUUUUUUUUUUUUGUCUCGUUUUGAUCAGAGACAUUGUACAUAGAUGAUAAUGGUCUAUAAUAUGGACGUUUUUGUUUGUUUGUUUUGUUUGUUUGUUGUCUUCACCGGUGAAUUGCUCACACAUUUUGUUUUUAUGAUUAUUUAAAUGGUUGUCUAAGCGGAUGAUCUGUAUGCAUCUCUGUUCUGUGCGGAAAUAGAGAUGGCCUUAAGUGUGAAUGGAUGUUCGACGAAGACGGAGGUUGAAAGUGACGUUAGUUUAGGUUGUGUUGGUUUUGAAGAACCCCCCCCCCGCCGCCCGCUAAAGCCAUAUUGUUUCAGCCACCGCUGGCACUAAUGUAUGGAAGUUGGGAAUUUUUUCCGCUUGCACGCUCUCGUACAUGAAAGGCUCAGUUUUGGUUUUCAGGUCUGUGAUGGUGGAUGUUGCUGUGUCAGAUGUUUUUUUUUUUCUUUUUUUUCUUUAGUGCCGAAAUCAGCCCUUUUUAGCCAAAUGCAUGUGAUGGCGAGACAAGAGAGAGAAAUGAAGCAUAAAUAUAUCAAGAAUGCAGGCAGUUGACUUACAUUUAACAUUUUUUCUGCUUAAUAAUCAAACUAGUGUUGUCACAAAGAUUGUCAGUAACGACGGACGACCCAAGAUACAGCAAGUUUGUGAUUUCAUUACUUUCUAAAAUGAAAUCAAACUGACAGCAGCGUUCCCACAUGAGACUGAUGUGUAAGCACAGAGUAUUUGGGUGCCGUCCCACUUGCCGUUUGCUUUUGAUUUAUCCCCACCAGCUGUUUUAAAGGUGGUGUCUUUUGGUUUACACAGUUGGAUUGCAAACUUGAUGAAUUUACAAACUCACAAAUAGCUCAACUUUUACCCGGGUGUAGUUUUUGUAAAGUGUUAUCCUCCCGGAGUCGAGAAGUUGGAAAUGAGCAGUGACAAAAUAAAUCAAACUCAAGCUCCUGUAAUUUUAACUAAACAUGGUGCAUUUAUCUGUGCUCUUUGCCGUGUUUAAUCUUCUCUGGUGUGCAUAAAAACAUACUAAGAAAUAGUGUUGUUUUUUUUUUUUUUUUUUUUUUUUACGCUGUAACCAACAGUUAUUUUAAUUAUUGGUUACACAGUUGAUUAUUUUUUUCAAUUAUUUGAUUAAGUGUCUAGGCUAUAAAACGUAGUAAUAGUGAAAAGUGCCAACAAUUCAAGCUGAGGAUCUGCUAGUUAGUAGGUAUUUAUCUACGGCUAACGCGUUUAAUUGAUUAACUGAUUAAUUAAUUGAUGGAAUAUGAAUCGGGAACAGUUUCUAAUAAUCAAUUAGUUGUCAUAAAGCAGCAAAAAUACUCUAGUUUCAUCGAGGAUCUGCUGCUUUUCUAUGUUUAUAUCGUAAAUUUAAUGUGUUUCAGUUUCAGACUUUUGCUCAAAACAAUUAGAAAACAUCACACUGAGCUCUGGGAAAAAUGGUGAUAGGCAUUUUUCACAAUUUUUGACAUUUUCCAGCCUAGAUCAUUCAUCAGUUAAUGAAAAAAAGUGACCGGUAGGUUAUUUGUUAAUAAAAAAUAAUCAUUAGUUUUAACCCAAGCUUGAACUCUCUAUAUGGGCAAAUAUUUGUGCUUUCUGUAGGUGAUUUGGAUGAGUUGUCUGAUGCAACUGCACUGCAGCUCUUCUGAUAAAUGGGACAUUUUGAGAUCUCCCAUAACAGGUGUCGUCGUCACCUGGGUGAACAAACUGAAAGAAGGAAGUAAACAAUCCAGAGAAUCACUAAAUCACUUAAACAUAAUUACAGUGAAUCUACAACCUUGGGAGAGCACCCGUUGAUCCGUGGACAGACAUUUACUAUUACAAAAAGUAAUGCCCAUACAGACUCCAUACGUUUAUUACACGAUGAUUACAUGGUCUUUGGUAUGAAGGCGCGGUGGUGAGGGUAAAUUCACUUUUGGGUCUUCUCAGUAUUCAAUCCACAGAGACUAAAGUUAUUAACAAACGUGAUGUCAUUGCUAAAAUCUCUCACUAAUCAACAAAGAAGGUUCAGCAUUCAGGGUAUUUCUAAAGCUUUGUACACAAAUUUGUUAAACAAGUUUUUUUGUAAGAUGCUGCUUGUCCAAAACACAGACAAAAUGACCAAAAAAAAUUAAAAAUAAAUAAAUAAAUAAAAAAUCUUGAACUGACAUUUGCAUUAGAAACACCAGUAUUUUCUAUGGAUGAGUUUUGGGUUGUGCCACACAAGUUAAAUUUAACACAAACUUACAAAACAUCAUAAUAUUCGGCUCCCUCGGCUACAGGUAUUCAGUAACUCUUUUUCCUGUUUUAUCAUCACUGAAAUCCCAGACUAAAAGGGAACUUUUCAAAAGCAUUUUUGACUCCAGAAAGGUCAAGACAAAGUGAAGCUUUGUUCACAUCUUGCUCUGAAAUCUCACAUGUCAUGUUAUCUGUUAAUUAUUGAAGAUCCUAGUAGAACAACCAUAACAUUGAGCUACUCAUCUGAAAAUAUCAAGUGUUUUACCCAAAAUAAAAUAUUAGUUUGAGAGCAUGAAGAAUGAAGUGAUAGUACAUAGCGCACGGUUUCCAAAGAAUAGUAAAAUAACUGCAAUCACAAAUGAACUGCAUUGAAAUGUCAGCAAUCCGUAACUUAAAUAUGAUUGUAAGUCCAGUUGAAAUGAAAUUGAACCUGUUGCUUGCAGACUUGACGGGCAUUUUUAUUUUAAAUUUUAAACAUUUUCAUUUAUUCAGCAUGUGGAGUUUUUGAAAAAUGAAUCUCAGCUGUCUUUCUGAAAUCCUUUUACUUCACAAUCUUGACCUUUAUUAGAAGGAUUAUUUGAAUUGGGAUAAAAGCAUCUUCCUGUGUUUGGCACUUUGUGACUCAUCUCCCCUGAGUAGAAGGCGUACCACUCCUCAUUAAAGAGAAGCAGUUGGUACCGUUUAGUAUGUGAAGUCCUUUUCCAUCGUCGCAUAAAGUCUGUUUCUGCUGUAUUUAGCACCAAAGUUUUUGUGGCUCAUCUGCAUGGCAUUGUGCUGAACCUUCUCUUACCUAUGAAGAUAUGAAUGGACAUUCUUGUGCUUUUUUUUGUUCUCACUUGAGCAGAGAACUGGGAAAUGGGGUUAUUUAAACUAGAGUUAAAUUCAGAAGGGCGAAAAACAAACUUGGAGAAAACAGUGACUAAAAAAAGCACAAGAAAUUUUCUGUGAUGAUUCGGUACUAUGGGAGAUCAUUAUUAUGUUUUUAGUUGGUGUAAGUUAUGUUGGCUGAUAUGUUUUUCAGCUCUUUGCCUGUUUUCCUAUUUAAAAAAAAAAAAACAUUGAUGUAAAAAAUAAUGCAUUAUUUGAAUAAAUAAGAGA